AUGGCGCCACUGUUGACCAAUACACUAGAUGGUGUGGACCUGUCGCUCUCCUAUGGUGGAGAUAAGCUUCUCAGUGACUUUAAUUCACAAUAUCAGGGCUGCCUCGGCCUUCAAGGGGCCUGUUCUCCUAACAUCAUAACGCUCCUUAAUGUCAGUUGGAUGGUCACCGUACGCUGCUUCUCUCCGGCCCCGGACAUUUGCCUGGGUCUGCAUUCGGAGCCCGGGCUCUACUUCAUCACCAGAUUGGCACAUGGGGGAGACCAUCAUGUCUCCGCCGUCGGGCUCAACUGCGAAGUUCCCGUCAAAAAUUUAGUCCGCGAUAUGACCAUUGUUCAGUUUAACGCGGCGCGAAAGAUGCCGGCCGGCUACGAUGCUUCUGACGAGAGUUCAGAGAAAUUCCUCUCAACCACAAUUUGCUAUGCGAAAGAAAUCUACGCCGCGAUAGAGGGUCCUAGUAGGGGGAAUCCAGACAGAAGGCGAAUCAAUUCCAGACUCUUCCUGGAUAUCGUGCAAGCAGAUGGUGAACUUCGAGCCAAGCUUACCUUCUCUGUCUCAGACACUUCUAGGGAUUUUGCACUUAGCAUGUUGCACACAUUCAAAACAGCCAUCCAGGAGGUCCUUUCGUAUCCAUUUCGAUCUCCAGCCGAGUUAGACCUUUGCUCGAAACACGAUCGUCAAUUAUUACAAAAGUACACUGAGAGAGUCUCUGCACCUUAUGGAGUGUUGUUGCAUGAUAUAGCCUUACAGCAUGCACAGCUAACCCCUGACGCUCCAGCUGUUUGCUCAUGGGAUGGUGACCUGACCUAUGCACAGCUGGAUGAUAUGACCUCUCGGCUUGGACAGUUUCUAGCCAGAAUAGGUGUAGGCAGAGGCACAUUUAUAAUCAGCUGUUUUGAGAAGUCUACAUGGGCAAUUGUUGCACGUCUGGCUAUCAUGAAAGCUGGGGCCGCAUAUAUCUCUAUCGACGCGACAGAUCCGCCAACUUUCCUUGAGAACGUGAUUCGCCGCGUGAAUGCAAAAAUAAUGCUUGUUUCUUCAGCUUAUCAGGCCAGAUAUACUCCUUUCAUCUCGUCAGUCAUUGCAAUAACAGAGGAAAUGGUUCGCGCACUUCCCUUGAGCACUGAGAUCAUCUGCCCCUUAGUUAAACCCAGUGAUGCUUGUCUCAUCCUCUUUACUUCUGGAAGUACAGGACAGCCAAAAGGAAUUAUUCAGGAGCAUCAAGCAUAUGCUACAGCGGUUCGAGAUUAUAUUGCAUUGCUUGGAAUGGGUCAGCACAGCCGCGUGCUGCAAUUUGAUGAUUACGCGUUCGAUAUUAGCAAUAAUGACUAUUUGACCACCCUCACUGCUGGUGGAUGCUGCUGCGUCCCUACACCACCCAAGGCAAUAUCUGCCCUCGUGGAGAAUAUCAACAGUCUUCAAGUCAACAUGACCUUUCUGACCCCCACUGUCGCUGCUCAGUUUUCCCCUCAGGAUGUGCCAACAUUGCAAGUAGUCUGCAUGGGUGGUGAGCCGAUGUCAAAUGAGCUUCUGAUGAGGUGGGCCCCUCACGUGAGAUUAGUGAACCAGUAUGGGAUGGGUGAAGCGGCCACUUUCUGCGCUUAUAAUGACCAAAUCCAACUUGGGCAGAAUGCUAUUGUUGGACGCAGUGGGAGUGGGGCUAUUUGGAUAACAAAUCCAGAAUCUCCAGAGCUUCUUAUGCCUGUGGGUGCUAUUGGGGAGAUUUUGAUUGAAGGGCCCCACCUGGCCCGAGGAUACCUGGAUGGUCUCUGCCAGAGGCCUGAUGUAGGGUUCCUACUGGAUGCACCAAUCUGGUUCAAAGGUCUCCAACCAUCCCGUGCAGCAUCGAGGUUCUAUCGCUCUGGGGACCUAGGGAGAUAUACCCAUUCUGGCACUGUGGAACAUUUGGGCCGGAAGGACACCCUCCUCAAAAUUAACGGAUGUCGCGUUGAAUCCACUGAGGUUGAGUAUAUUCUCCAUAGGUCGUUGGGUCCUGGGGAUGCAGUCAUUGUGGACGUGCUCGGUGCGGUCGAUGAUCCACAAGAGCCUUUUCUAGUUGCUUUUCUGUGUUUGGCUAACAGCAAGACUAAUUUCCUCGACACUGCUUCUAAUGACUCGGUCAAGUUUCUCCCCGUCACCAGUGAUCACCAUUCAGCCCAUCAGUUGGUGCAAGGCAUGAGAGCUGACGUCAUGGCUACCUUGCCUGUCCACAUGAUACCACAAUGCUUUAUUCUCAUCAGCCAUAUCCCGAGAACAAAGUCGAAUAAAACUGACCGUCGCAAAUUGCACCAUCUUGCGCAGAAGUGGUACUCGUCCGGGGCUCUGACUGAGAUUCGCUGCAAUUAA